CUGCCAUCUAAAGACGGGUCAUGUCUGAGUCCGGGCUCAUAAAGACGCUCCUUAGGUCAUGGCAACUCAUCUACAUCGUAGCCGUGCCCCUGCUGCUGCUGCCACUACCCCUGUACAUGGAGAGUAAGGCCGGUCUCAGUGCGUACGCGAUGCUCUGGAUGGCCUUCUACUGGACGGCAGAGCCCAUUCCGCUUCCAGUGACGGGUCUCAUGCCUCUCGUGCUGUUUCCACUGUUCGGCAUCCUCACGACUGCUGAUACGACCAAGAUGUAUUUCAACAACAUCGGCUUCGUCAUGUUCGGAUCGCUCGUCGUGGCAGCAGCUGUGGAAGUAAGCAACUUGCACCAGCGCCUCGCCAUUGGAUCGCUUCUGACUGUAGGCACCAGCAACCGCAGGCUCCUACUGGGCUUCAUGCUGGUCACCAUGUUUAUGUCGAUGUGGAUUCCCAACACUGCGUCUGCCUCCAUCAUGGUACCCAUCGUCAUGGCUGUAUUGGAUCAGAUACAAGUUCUCACCAAGGAUGCAGAAGUGACGCUAAUCAGUCCCUUGAAGUCCCCGGAACAACAGCCUGGUGGCGAAAUUGUCGAAGAGCCGCUUCGAACCGAGAACGACUUGCAUAUAACCCAGAUGCGCAAGGUGAUGCUGCUGUCAGUCGCCUACGCCGCCAACAUCGGCGGCACGGGAUCGGUGAUCGGCACGCCACCCAAUCUGAUCUUGCAGGCGCUGUACACAAAGCAAUUCAAGCAAGACGACCUCACCUUUCUCGCGUGGAUGGUGUACAACGUGCCACCAAUGCUUGUCUGCACUUUCCUGGCGUGGGUUUACACGCAGUGGAUCGUGGGCAGGCUGACACCCAAGGGCACCGAACAAGAAAGCCGUGAGAAGAUCAAGCAGGAGCUCCAGCGCCGAUACAGCAACCUUGGACCACUCAAGUUCCAAGAGGCGGCCGUGCUAUUCCUCACCUGCGUCCUGAUUCUUCUGUGGCUCACGCAGAACCCCCGAGUCGUCCCCGGCUGGGCAAGCCUGUUCCCGUACGGCAAGAACAUCACGUCGUGCGUGCCGGCGGUGCUAAUCACCAUCUUGAUGUUCGUGGUGCCCAAGGACCCACUUCGUGGGUCCAAGAGCCUAGGCCUCCUCACCUGGGACGAGGCCAAUUCCAAAGUUCACUGGGGCGUCGUGCUCAUUAUCUGCGGUGGCAUGACUCUUGCCGAGGCUUCCAAGAAGUCGGGUCUGUCCACGAUCCUGGUGAGCAAGUUGCGUGGCCUUAACGUGAUGCCGAGCUACGUGGUGGUGUCCAUCCUCUGCUUCUCCGCCUCCAUGCUCACUGAAUUCACCAGCAACACGGCCAUCAGCGCCAUCAUGCUACCCAUCGUAUUUGAGAUGGCCAUGGCCCUCGAAGUACACCCGCUGUACUUCGCCAUACCGGUGACCAUCGGCUGCUCGUUCUCAUUCAUGCUUCCGGCGGCGACGCCGCCAAACGCCAUCGUUUUCGAGAUGGGGAACUUCAAGGUCUCCGACAUGGCGUCUCCGGGCUUCCUCAUGAACAUGGUGUGUGUCACCGUGGAGCUCGUCUGCAUCCACACGCUGGGGCCGCUCGUAUUCGGCGUCCAAAAUUUCCCGCCAUGGGCGGCGCACAACGUAACCGAGACGCCGGCGCCGUCCAGUUGAGCAGAGCGCUCA